AAAAUGACAAGUGUAUCGCGUCUCCCACGUCUCCUGGUAGUUUCUUCGAAUGGACUCACAGUGGUAUCUUCGCUUAUUAUGGUGUGCCUCUACCGGAGGAAUUUCGUCACAUUCGUAAUUGUAGUGGAGGGGUACUGGUUUUCAACACUCACACAGUCAGUAAAUUACUGGGAGAAUUGUUGAACUGUGCUCUUAAUAAGGACUGCAUCGCACCUCCAGGAUCAAACAGGAAAAAUCAUCGUCAGGAUCAGGCUGUGUUAACGUAUCUUUCUGCUAGAGAAGGAUGUUUUUGUACUAAGAACACAACAACAUUUAAUGUAAUAAAUCAUAUGGAUUCCGAUUGCGCAGAGAACAUAGUUCGCUUUGAGCAGCUGAAUUCUGUGCCGUGGAAUAUUGCUGAACAGGAUAGGCUAGGAAUGAAAAAGUUUAAAAACAGACAUAAGGGACAAUGGUGGGAAUUGUUGUGGGAAGUAGAACCUUGA